UCCCUAGACGUGCCCCCAGUAAAGCGCCUGCAAGCCCCAGCACAAUCCCCGCCUUGUCUGAGAGUUGGAUUUCGGUUUCCGUCGCCUCGGGUUACGUCUUUUUUUCCAGGUCUUCUCGAACCCCCUUCUCCCUCCCUCUCAGAAGCUAACCCUCUAUAUCCCUUCCCUUCUCUUUCCCGAUGCUCUCUUUCUGGAGACGGGAUCUCUAGAGCCACCUCCUCUCGUAGCCCGAUCCGGUGUGCGCCUGCCGCUGUCGGUCUUCUUCUGAGUCUCGGUCCGCGCCCGGCCAUGAGCGCCCCCGGCUCGCCUUGUCUUUGGCUUAGGUUCAGGCUCCUGCUCCAGCUGGGACUGUCACCUCUGUUGCUGCUGCUGCUGCUGCUACCGCUGCAGCUGCAGGGACCGCCCGGCAUCUUGGCCUCAGCGUCGGCCUCGGUAGCGGAUGGUGCCGCUGGCCCCAGCAGUGGCGAGCGCGUCAAUCCCGAUAAACUACUGGUGAUCACCGCUGCAACAGAGGAAACAGAAGGAUAUCUGAGGUUCCUACAGUCUGCAAAGUUUUUCAAUUACACUGUUCAGACACUGGGCCUAGGAGAAGAAUGGAAGGGAGGAGAUGUGGCUCGAACAGUUGGAGGAGGUCAGAAGGUUCGAUGGCUGAAGAAGGAGAUGGAGAAAUAUGCUGAAAGAAAGGACAUGGUCAUCAUGUUUGUAGACAGUUAUGAUGUGCUUCUAGCUGGGAGCCCCAAAGAGUUGCUGUGGAAAUUCCUUCAGAGUGGCAGCCGCUUGCUCUUUUCUGCUGAGAGUUUCUGCUGGCCAGAGUGGGGGCUAGCAGAAAGAUACCCCUCUGUGGGGAAUGGAAAACGUUUCCUCAAUUCUGGAGGGUUCAUUGGCUUUGCCCCCACUAUCCAUCAUAUUGUUCGUCAGUGGAAAUACAAGGAUGAUGACGAUGACCAGUUGUUCUACACUCGACUCUACCUGGACUCCAAGCUCAGAGAAAAACUUGGCUUGGCUUUGGAUCACAAAUCUCGAAUCUUUCAAAAUCUCAAUGGAGCCUUAGAUGAGGUGGUAUUAAAGUUCGAUCGGAAUCAGGUUCGUAUCCGGAAUGUGGCCUAUGAUACACUCCCUGUUGUGAUCCAUGGCAAUGGACCCACCAAGCUCCAGCUGAAUUACUUGGGAAACUACAUCCCUAAUGGCUGGACCCCAGAGGGGGGAUGUGGGUUCUGUGACCGUGACCGGAUAGACCUCCAGGAGGGGCAGCCUUUCCCCCGGGUGCUUCUGUCUGUGUUUGUGGAACAGCCAACUCCAUUCCUGCCACGAUUCCUGCAGAGGCUGCUACUCAUUGACUAUCCACCAGAACAGAUCUCACUCUUCCUACAUAAUAAUGAGGUCCACCAUGAGCCCCACAUUGCAGCUGCUUGGCCUCAGCUUCAGGAUCAUUUCUUUGCUGUGAAGCUUGUUGGACCAGAGGAGGCUUUGACACCAUCCCAGGCCCGGGACAUGGCCAUGGAUAGCUGUCGUCAGGAUUCUGAGUGUGAAUUCUAUUUUAGCCUGGAUGCAGAUGCCGUCAUCACAAACCCUCAGACCCUACGCAACCUCAUUGAAGAAAACAGGAAGGUAAUAGCUCCCAUGUUGUCCCGACACGGGAAACUCUGGUCCAAUUUCUGGGGAGCACUGAGCCCUGAGGAGUACUAUGCUCGAUCGGAGGAUUACGUAGAACUGGUGCAGAGGAAACGAGUAGGUGUGUGGAACGUACCAUAUAUAUCCCAGGCCUAUUUGAUUAAAGGGGAGACACUUCGGAAGGAAUUGCCCCAAAGAGAAGUGUUCUCCCGUAGCGAGAGUGAUCCUGACAUGGCUUUCUGCAAGACCAUCCGUGAUAAGGGUAUCUUCCUCCAUCUCAGUAACCAGGAGGAAUUUGGGCGACUUUUGUCCACAGCCCGAUACAAAGCAGACCACCUGUAUCCUGACCUUUGGCAAAUCUUCGACAACCCUCUGGAUUGGCAAGAGCAAUAUAUCCAUGAGAACUACACUUGGGCACUUGAUGGAGAAGGCAUGGUGGAACAGCCAUGUCCAGAUGUGUACUGGUUUCCAUUGUUGUCGGAGCAGAUGUGUGAUGAGCUAGUAGAAGAGAUGGAGAACUUUGGCCAGUGGUCUGGUGGCAAGCAUGAGGACUUUAGGCUGGCAGGGGGAUAUGAGAAUGUGCCUACUGUGGAUAUUCAUAUGAAGCAGCUGGGUUAUGAAGAUGAAUGGCUACAAUUCCUGAGAACCUAUGUAGGACCCAUGACAGAAAACCUAUUUCCAGGGUAUCAUACGAAGACCCGAGCAGUGAUGAACUUUGUGGUCCGGUACCGGCCAGAUGAGCAGCCAUCCUUGAGACCACAUCAUGAUUCUUCUACUUUCACCCUGAAUAUUGCACUCAAUAGCAAGGGUCUCGACUAUGAGGGAGGAGGCUGCCGAUUCCUGCGAUAUGACUGCAUUGUCUCAUCCCCAAGGAAAGGCUGGGGACUUUUGCACCCGGGGCGCCUCACCCACUACCACGAAGGGCUGCCCACUACAAAGGGCACCCGAUACAUCAUGGUGUCUUUUGUGGAUCCCUGACAGUCAGCUACUUUCCUUUCUCUUAUCACCACUGUGCCUUCUUGGGCCUUGGGCCCAGUCCCCUUCAUUGCUAAGGGGAGGGGACCAGAGAACUUCUCUGGGUUCUGCUUCAUGAUGUGUGUUUAUUGUGUACCUUUCUGUCAGUCCAAUGUGUGUCUGUCUACCUUGCCUUGACACGGCCCUCUCAGGUAGCCCUUGGAAUGCUUGUCUUCUUUCUCCUCAGCCACAAAUGGUAGAGUGGUAGAGAGUUUGCAGGAGGUUCCUUGUGUGAUAAGUUAUUGAAUAAAUAAGGAUUUGUAA